GAGACGGGAUGGCGUCGCUUCAGCGAUUGCCACCUCGGCUCGGAUUUCUUCUAGCCAUCCUGCGGUCACCGAGCCACCUGACAGCUGGUGAUGGUCUGUCAUCAACCAACAAACCCCAACUGGCCAGCUGCUUCAUCUCUGUGGCUUUGCUGUGUCGCUCGUGUUCGUCGUCCUUGCUGUCUCUCACGCUCCAUCUCUCUGCUGUCGCCGUCCGUGAGAGUUUUCAUUCUGCUUCCUCUGUCCAUCUUCCCCUCCAUUUCACGCCAGAUCGGGCUUCUUCGCAGUCCUCUGCCCAUCUAGACCCCGGGUCACCGGACUUGGUUCCGUCCUUGGUCACGGCGGUGCUCGAGGUUUGGGGUUCUUCGCUGCCGCUCGGAACUCUCUUUGCUCGCGAUCCAGUUCUCAAGUUAAAGCAGUCUGCUGUUAUCAAUUGGAGUAUGCAGAAGUCCUCAACAUGCAUUAGACGUUUUCCUUUCAUUUUAAAGAUAUGUGAUAUGGUGUAGGCAGAUAUUGGAAUUUGUAUGAACCGAAGAGGUGGCUUUUUUUCUUCUUCUCAUGUAAUGUGAAAAUGUUAUGCAUCUACGAUGGGCGAUGAGGUUUACUUUAAAAUGACUGUAAGUUGUAGCAUUCGUUUGUUCUUAUAGGAGAGAAUUUCUUUAUCCAAAAUCACAUAUAAUAUUUAGAAGAGGAAAUAAUACAUAAAUAAAACCAUACCUUUUUCUAUGAUUUGUGUGUUUCUGAUCCUUGAGUUCUCUCCAUGACUUGUCUUUCUUUUGCUUCUCCCUCUUUUAAUGGCCUUGUAUGGGUUGAACAUACAACAAACUGAGCGGGAAGACAGGACCUAACCUUUAUAUUAUAUACAAAGUACUAAACAACCUCUCACAGAGGGUUGCAGGAACGAUGAAAUGAUUUAUCCUGAUCUAAUCAUACUGUAUGGGUUAAGACUUUGAGUCAACUUGUUAUUGUCUGAUUUUAAUUAAAAACUCAAAAUUAAUUAUUAGUCAACGUUGCCAUUAAUAGAGAGAAAAAUUCAACACUUCUCUCUUGUCAAAUUAUGUAGGCAGAUACUACCUAAUUUUUCACUCAAUAUAUUGCUAUUUCCUAUCACUGUUCAAACAUUGUGAUAGAGUUAUUGCUGUUUUUUUUUAUUAUUAUUUUUCUCUAGUGAGCUUACUGGACGCUUUGCUAGUAUAAGCAUCUCCAUCAGGUUAAUUUUUUUCAAAUUGCUGUAUAUCCACACAACCCAGUAUGGAAAACAGUGGAAACCACAUACUAUCUAGCUAUUCCUUAGUGUUUGAAGUUUUUUUAUCAUUAAUGCAUUAAGUAUAUAAUCUUGAAGGGGAUGCAAAGCCAUAAUUAUACCGAUUAUUUGGUACUUAGAUUGUAUUCUACAUUGAGUUCUAUCUAAUACUAUAUUAGAAAUAUUCUACCAAUUAAAUGCAUUUUAUUACCUUAACUAAAGUUUUCUUUUAGCUUCGCUCUAUGUUCAGUCUAAUUGUUUUAAUUCGUCUUGUUGUAGUACUUAUUGGCCUCUUUGAACUUGUUCAUAUUUUCUCACAUUUUAUCCUCUUAUGGAGCUGUCUAUCUCUCUUGAAUAAAAUAUUUCUGUAAUUUUUAAUUCUCUAUUUAGCAAUCUCACACAUUGGUUAAUUCAUAUUUAUUUUCUGUUCUUCUUUAGUAAAUCAACAUUCUGUAUGUAUGGAGGACCUUACCACAAUCUUAUAAAUUCUUUCCUUUAAAUCUAUAAGGCACGCAAUGCUCACAAAAUGCUUCUGAAACUUAAAUCUAACAACUAAACUAUAGUGUAUUUUUAUUCAUAUUCUUAAUGGCAUUUAUUUAUUUAAUAUUCUACAUAAAUUCUCCUGAAAUUUUAACUAAAACCGUAAACUAGAAUUUUGUUUUUCUAUUCAUAUUUUUAAAGACGUUUACUUAUCUGAUGUUCUACUUACCUAAAGAACUUAAACCUUCCUAAGUGCCAUGACCUUGAGGAUUUAAAACUUUCCUAGGUGCCAUGUCCUUGGAUAUUUAUGUAAUGGAUUGAAUAAUUGGGCCUCUUAGUUGUCUGUAUGCCCAACUAAUUGCAAAUAUUCUUUUGUCCACUUAUGUGCUCUCUAAAUUCUUACUUAUUUCAGUUGUAUUUAUUUUGUGACUUUUUCUAGAAGACUCAAGCAUGCAUUUUUUUCCUUCAUUGAGACACUUAAUUAUGUUAACUUACUUGACAUUCUACUUACCUAGAAGCUUAAACUU